CAAACUGGAGCCAUUCAUAUCCUUACCAGAGGAUUCCCCUGCUUGAAUAGAUCUCCUUUGUUUACCAACUGGAUAUGGCGAGAAGACUAGUUAAACUUUCAAUGGUCACAAGAUUAGUCGAGAAGCUCUAUAUGGGCCGGUAUAUCCUUUUUGUGAGGAAGCCCUUUGACGAUGAUAACCAGUCCUAGUUGAUUCUUUCAAUAGCCCAUCCCACUCAACAAGCUACGCACAUGCAUGCUACUGAACAUAGGCUUCGCUUGAGCCCGACUCUCAACUUGCCUCCACUCGUCGUACUGCAGACGGUAUCGGAUUUCUCAAGCAGUUGCCGAUUGACUUGACCUCUCUCCCCAAUGCCCCGUCACCCUCUGGCGCCGACGCCCUUCGAUGAUCUCCGCACGGACACCACAAGCUCCCAAGUUUCGACCGAGAUCGACAUCUCCACAAUUCUGCUCUCAUGGCUCGAUUCGAAGGAUGAUGGAAAUCCCUCAGGUUCCCAAUCUGUUGACUCUGUCCUCCUGACUAGGUCCAGCCAUAUCUCCUUCCUCUACCCGUCCUUUUCUAAGCUUCCGAUCCGGAAUACGGCAUUAGAUUCUAGUCGUGGCUGGAUAAUUUAUUGGAUCGUCGGAGCUUUCUCGGUGUUAGAGGCCAGACUAAAACAGGUUGAACGACUGAAGGCAAUCGAAACAAUCAUGUCAUGUCAACAUCCACAGGGAGGCUUCGGGGGCGGACCAGGUCAACUGGCUCACCUUGCUUCCACAUACGCCUCCAUCGCCGCCCUUGCCAUCUUACUCGACGGCGCAGACCAAAAUAUUGUUGACAAAACCUGCUCCCAAAUCGAUCGACAGAAAAUGCUCCAAUGGAUGCUCAGCCUCAAGAUGCCUGAUGGCAGUUUUAGAAUGCAUCACGGCGGUGAGAUUGAUGUUCGGAGUUGCUUCGGCGCCUUGACUGUGGCAACACUUCUCAAUCUACUCACACCUGAACUUGUCCAAGACCUUCCCGAAUAUAUUGUCAGUUGUCAAACGUACGAAGGCGGGCUAUGCGCCACUUCUCUCUCGAAUGGUUGUGUGCGACCUCAAGGCAACCAACUCGACUUUCCGAGCGCGGCUCCGGUAGGAGAAGCUCAUGGUGGUUACAACUCCUGCGCUCUGGCAUGUGAUUUUCUCCUUCAAGGAUUGCCCAGUCUCUCAGGUAGCCCCAGGUUGGACUACGAUUCGUGUCUGCGUUGGGCGGCACAGAUGCAAGGGCUUCCCAUCGAAGGAGGUGGCUUCCGAGGUCGCACUAACAAACUCGUCGACGGCUGUUAUAGCUGGUGGUGCGCCGGUGCAUUCCCGCUUCUUCAAGCCCUCAUGUCCGAAGACUUCUCUGACCAACAUGAGUCGUUUGAUCUAUUUGAUCGACAAGCCUUACAAGAGUAUAUUCUUUUGAUAUCGCAAGACCUAUCUCCCAAAGCCAAACAAGGUGGUCUGCGUGAUAAACCGAGCGCGGUUCCGGACAUGUACCAUACUCACUACAUUCUAGCCGGCCUCUCCCUCGCGCAACAUUCUCAGAAACAUUCCCUUCAGCGAAUAGAAGAACUCAAACAAGCCUUCAAGAAACCGGAUUUUUCGACCUGUAUCCUUGGGAAUUCCGAAACUGAAAGUGAUGCGCUUGAAAGAAUGAAAAUUAUUUACUCGAGGGCAUUAGCAUGGGAAGUACAAAAGGAUAAGGACUUGGUAGUUGGUAUGGUCUCAAAUGAAGUUUUGCCAGUACAUCCCGUAUUGAAUAUCAAGCAUUUGGCUGUUGAGAAAAUGAUGAACCACUUUUACCAUCAAAGGUAGAUGGAGAAGGUUAGAAAAGUGUUCUGAUUUGAUUGUAUUUUUUGGGCUACCUUUCCUUUUUUUUUUCU